CUGGAUUUUUCUUUUUGUUUGUUUGUAUUGCUUUAAAUACAUCAUUAGCAUUCAAAUAACAGCAAGGAAUCUUUGAAAUGCAUUUAUUGAGCUAGUCUAUAAACCGGUAUUGCAUACCUAUUGGCUGCUGAGUCAUGGGCUAAAGGGCAUCUUCCACGCUCCCUGAAUAUUUUAGAAAUGCCUAUGUGGAAGUUCCCGUCAUGUGGCAUCAUGGGCAGUUGUCCCCAGAGUAUGCCUUCUUAGAGGGCAGGGACCACUUCUUAUUAAUUUUUGUAGCUCAUAAUUCUCUCAGUGUGGAGUUUCCUCCAUCAAAGCAGGCUUUUUCUCCUUCACUUUCUUGCCACCCAUUGCAACUUGGAGAACUCAGUGGGGUAUGCACCAAGCCUCAGAUGUCUGGGAGAGAAGUUUGACUUGUACUUUAAUCAGGUGUUCUGUAAUGCCGUUCACUCCCGGGAUAUGUCUAAAAUGAAAAUAUAGCCUAGAAGGACAGCACAGAGAGAGGAAAUAAACUACAAAUUAAAAAGUGAUUAGUGAGUGUUUAGGCAGAAGGUCAAAGGGAUUAUUUUGGACUUCAAACUUUUCAGCUUUCAGGGCUUGUAUUCAGUUACAAAAUUACAUCCCCGAAUUAUUUGUGCAGGUGGCAGCUGUCAGAUUUGAAGAAGGUUUCUGUGUUUUACAAAAGGAACAUUGACAGGGCUGGGAGUGGGGAGUAUGCUCCUGGGGUGAGGGCUGUCUUCUCCACCACGCACUGGAAUUGCUCCAGUCUUGUGCAGCUCGAGUGACAGUCCUUGUCUGAGCUGACACAGCCGUGUCCAGGUUGGUCAGGUGACCUUCUUGAGGAAACCAGUCAAGCCGGUUGAUUGGCAUGGAAACAGUCCCGGAGAGUCGAUUUUCAGACUGGGAGCGCAGGGAACGAACCUUUGUUAAAUACCUACCAUAUGGUAUUUCAUCCUCACAGCUCUUCAGAGUGGCUCUUGGCGUCCUCUUUUUACAGUUGGGGCUCAGAGAAGUUAAGCAAUUUGCUGAAGAUUGCCUACAUGAUAAGUGGCAAACCCGGUUUUCAAAUGCAGCGGGCCUGCCCUUCAUCAUCAUUGAGACAAGCACCAUCAAGCCUUACCACCGGGGGUUUUACUGCAAUGACGAGAGCAUCAAGUACCCGCUGAAAACCGGUGAGACAAUCAAUGAUGCUGUGCUCUGCGCCGUGGGGAUUGUCAUCGCCAUCCUCGCGAUCAUCACAGGGGAAUUCUACCGCAUCUACUACCUGAAGGAGAAGUCCCGGUCCACGAUUCAGAAUCCCUAUGUGGCAGCCCUCUACAAGCAAGUGGGCUGCUUCCUCUUUGGCUGCGCCAUCAGCCAGUCCUUCACAGACAUUGCCAAAGUCUCCAUAGGGCGCCUGCGUCCUCACUUCUUGAGCGUCUGCAACCCUGAUUUCAGUCAAAUCAACUGCUCCGAGGGCUACAUUCAAAACUACAAAUGCAGAGGCGACGACAGCAAAGUCCAGGAAGCCAGGAGGUCCUUCUUCUCUGGCCACGCCUCCUUCUCCAUGUACACCAUGCUGUAUUUGGUGCUGUACCUGCAGGCCCGCUUCACUUGGCGAGGGGCCCGCCUGCUCCGGCCCCUCCUGCAGUUCACCCUGAUCAUGAUGGCCUUUUACACAGGACUGUCCCGCGUGUCUGACCACAAGCACCAUCCCAGUGAUGUCCUGGCGGGGUUUGCUCAAGGAGCGCUGGUGGCCUGCUGCAUAGUUUUCUUCGUGUCUGACCUCUUCAAGACCAAGACGACACUCUCCCUGCCUCCUCCUGCUAUCAGGAAGGACAUCCUUUCACCUGUGGACAUUAUCGACAGGAACAAUCACCACAACAUGGUGUAGGUACUACCCACCUCCUGAGCUGUUUUUGGAAAAUGACUGCUGACAGCAAGUUUUUGCUGCUCUCCUAUCUCAUCAGACAGUAGAAUGUAGGGAAAAACUUUUUGCCCGACUGAUUUUUAAAAACGAAAAAAAAAGUCUUACCUUGUGGCCUUCCAAAAUAGGUAGUGUUCACCUAUAUGGAAACAACAGCAAACUGACAGCAAGUGCGGGAAUCCUGGAUGUGCAGUUGGUUUAAGUGUUCAUGUUCUAGUGAACACAGGCUUGUUCCGGAACAAACACUAAGAUGAUUUGAGUAGAGCCUGCCGGUUACCUCUGUGACCUGAGGAAUCCCAGGCCUGUUGGAAAAGCUCAAAUUCACCUUGUAGCACACGACGCCAGAAAUAGCACUGAAUCAAGAAAAUAGCCAUGGGGGGCUCCCCUGUUGUGUCUCUCUGUCCACACCACUCAAUUCUCCACUGUGACUUUGGUUCAGGAAUCUUAUUUGUUUGUUUGUUUUUGUUUUUAACUCUAAGAAGAGAGCACGUUUGCUCAGUCAAGCGAUCAGAUCCUGAAUCCAAAUUCCCAGUUGUGAAGCCUUAUCACUCACUUCCUCAGCCCGUAGGCCAGCAACGCAGUCCCUCACUUUAGCGAUUAGGUGACUCUUUGUGGAUGAGUGAAUUUCACAAAUAGCACAAUUUCAGAAGCGCUCGAGGGCACAGGCCCUCCCGUGUCUUCUCUUGAUGCACCAGCCUGUGAUGCUGAGACGUCAAUUACAGGAUGCUGAUGUUGUGUACAUCAAUGACCGGGGCACUGCCACGCUCAAGUAGUGAUGGUUAGCUUCGGUUACUGCUUUCUUCCUGGAAACCCUUGCUGGGUGCCCACCGGGAUUGCCUGGGAGCGCCCGGAGACGAGCAAAGAUGUGGUCUGCCAUCAGCUGAUGGAAAGCAGCCUUCCAUGCAAGAGAUGAAGGAGUGGAGGGCGCAGAAUGAAAAGUGAAGCAACCCUUUGGCUACUCAAAGUCUGAAUGAGCCAGAGUAGCAGACAGUCUCACAUCCCAGAGGCUGCCCUUCCAGAUAAAGUGGGGGUCUCUGGGGGAGCCGCUCUUGCUAAGCUGUGUAAAGCACUAUUGUCUUGGGGUUGAUCUCUAGGGCAGUUCUUGGUAGGUUCUGCUGGGCAGAACACGUGGGUUAAAUCUCCGUAGAGUUUCCUCAUCCUCUCUCCGUAAGUGUCCUUCCAAGCAAGGUCCCACUCGAGGCAGCAGACAGGGACCGCUUCUACUGAACCUUUGAGGAAAGGAGGAAGGAAGAAAUGCUUUCAGAUCUCGGAUGCAAACCUUUCAAAGGGCUAAAUGUAACCACAUGGGUCAACCACAUGCACAUCCUUACAACAGAAGCCGUCCUUUCAUUUCAACUUAUAGCAAGCUAUGAUUUUUAUAUAUAAAUAUUAUAUAAAUAAUGUAUAAAACAUUAAAAGUUAACUAUGUAAAAUAUUAUUUCUGAAACAAUUUUAGCUAUAUCCACUAUGACUAUAAACUGUGUCUCGACCUGUGUUAUUUACAUUAGCUGCUUACAAAAGCAUGGAGUUCAUUUUUUUUUAAUAUCAACUAAAAUAUUGUAGUUCUGUGCUAGACAUUGUUUUUACAAUGAAAGAAAUAACUGCAACUAGAGAAAACUGUAUAAAAACAUUAAAUUGUCAGUAUUUUUGUAAGGUUCCAUUUUGUAAAGAGAAUAAUAUUCAAAGACUUUUGUAGAAUACAAAGUGAAAACUUGUAUCUGCGAAACUAUACUUGUAUUAAAGGUGCUUUUUAAAUAAAAGCUCAUAACAACGAA